AUGAUAAUAAUUAUAUUCACUAUUAUCUAAAUAAUAUUGUGUGAUUUUGAUGAAAGUAUGAGAUGGGGAACUUAUAAACCUCAAUUACUUCAUGCAGUAACACAACGAAAUAUGAAAACAUUUAAUCCAAUAACAGGAGCUCUUAUGUAUGCAGAUCAUAUUGGGACAGAUGAUCGAUCAUUAGUUUAUAAGAUUCCAGAUUUAAACACUGAGCAAGUGAAAAUUAAUCCAGUUCAUCAUAAUGGAAAAGAUUUUAAUGUUUAAUUGAUAAGUGAUCCUAACACAAAGUCUAUAAUUUAAACAACUUUUAUAAAAUUUCCAAUGGAAUCAAAAGUAAAUUUUGUAGAUGAAAUUAAAACCUUAGUUAUUGAAAAACCAUUAUAAUUGUUCUAUGUUUUAACUAUUGAACAAUUUAAUCAAUUUAAUUUAGAAACAAGAACUUUUUAAGUAAAUGUGACUAAUGAUGGUAUCAGAGUUAGUACUUAUAAUGAGGAUGAAACAAGAAUGGAACAUUUCUUUAUAACUAUAACUGUAAAUGAUAGAGAUUAUUAAUAUAAUUGUACCGAUGAGAAAAUAUCAAAUCUUACAAUAAGAACUUUGUUUAAUGAUUAUAUUUUUAAUUAUGAUCCAAGACCAACUUUAAUGUAGGCUAUAUUCUCAAAUAGUACAAAUACUAAUAAUUCUAAUUUGGUUGCCAUAGAAUUUAGAGCAUAACCAGGAGAUAAUGUAAUUAUUUAAGUCACAUAAACUGAUAAAUAUAUACCUGAUUAUGGAUUUGAUAAUCUAUAAUAAUUAAGUGAUAGUUUAGCAGCAAUAAAUAAAUUCAAUUUUAAAAAAGUAUUUGGAACUGAUAAUAAAUGUGCAUAUUCUAGUUUUAAUAAUUUGAUGGCAGGUUUAUUAUUUACUUAUGGUAAUCUAAGUUGUGUGAUAAAUAAAGAUACUUGCACAGCUUUUAAACCUAUGUUAAGUCAUACACCUUCAAGAUUUGGAUUCCCUAGACCAUUUUUAUGGGAUGAAGGUUUUCAUAAUAUGAUUGCAUGUAAAAUGAAUCCAGAUAUUUGUUUAUAAAGUUUAGAAGAUUGGAUUAAUACUAUGUCAAUUGAUGGUUGGAUACCAAGAGAAUAACCAAGAAGUGAAGAAUUAAGAUCAUAUAUUCCUUGGUUAAAAGAAGAUCCUAGAGAAUCAAAUCCACCUACAUUUUUCUUUAAUUUUGAAUAUCUAAUUGAUAAUCAUCCAUAAUAUAAAGAAAGAAUUGGAAGAAUCUAUUUAAAACUCUUUUCUUGGUACAAUAAUUGGUUCAGAACAUAAGCUAUUUUUGAUGAGAAAGGUAAAUUUUCUGGAUAUUUAAAAUGGUGGGGACCUGAUGAGGAUAGUAAUUUAGGUUCAGGUCUUGAUGAUUGGCCAAGAACAGAUGGAAGCAAAGUAUCAAAAUAUAAUAUUGAUGCUUAAAGUUGGGGUUACUUUUUCACUUAUCAUAUGGUUAAACUUGCAAGAAUUUAUGAUAUUGGGGUUGUUAAUAAUCUUGAAGAGAGAAUGCAAUUAAUUUUGAAUAAAAUGAAUGUAUUUAUACAAUUAUUAAUUAUAGUCAGACAUGCUGGAUCCAAAUGAUUUAAUUUAUAAGGAUAUAUUAUAUUAUCCUAAUACAGAUGAUUAAGUAUUUUAUUCUCCUCAUAGAGGUUAUGUCAAUCUAUUCCCUCUAGGAUUAGGAUUAAUUGAUAAAUAGAGAGUUGAUAUUAUUCAAUAAUAUAUAAACUUUAUGAGAGGUAAUACUAUGUGGACACAAUUUGGUAUAAGAUCAUUAGAAACUAACAGUACAGAAUUUAGAAAGAAAUCUAAUUAUUGGACUGGACCUAUUUGGGUUAAUAUAUAAUUUUUGGUUUUGAGAGCAUUAAGAUUAAAUUAUUGGGAAAUUGAUGGAGUAUAAUAAUUCUAUCAAGAUUUAAGACACAAUAUGAUUGAAACGAUAUGCUCAUAAUAUGAAACUAGAGGAUAUUUCUAUGAACACUAUAAUUAGAAUUUAGAUGGAUUAGGAUAAGGUAAUAGACCAUUUAAUGGAUGGACUAGUUUAAUAACUUUAAUAAUAGCAGAAAAAUAUUGA